CAAACACCUCCCACUCCAACGUUAUCUGUCUUUCAUAAUUGUUGCUACCAUCAUCAUGCCCGGACACUUUGGCCAGAAAAUCCUCAACACCUUAGGGAUCGACCAUCACGGCCACCACGGCCAUGGCCAAGGCCAACCCUACCAACAACCGCCCCCACCGGGUGACAACCGCCUCGCCGGCAACCGCGUCAUCCACAACGACGAGCGCCUCCUCUCCCCCCACCCCGCAGGCACCUACCCACGCCUCGCGCGCCUCCACGACGGUCGCAUUCUGGCCUCCUUCACGCGAUUCGUCGGCGACGGUGAACGCGUCCUAAUGGUCUCUAUCAGCGAAGACAAUGGCCAAACUUUCGUUGACCAUGGCGAGAUCACCCGCGGCAAGGGCGACGUCGACAACGUGUACCUCCUCGAGAUCGGCCCCGGAACUGUCCUCGCUGCGUUCCGUAACCACGAUAUCGGCCCUGGUGGCCCCACACACUUCCGCAUUACUGUCUGCCGUUCCACGGACGCCGGGCGCAGCUGGUCCUUCGCCUCCCAGGCCGCGGAGAAGCCCGCUCCCUUGGGUAUCUGGGAACCAUUUAUGAGGCUUGGACGUCGGCCGGGCGAGAUCCAGCUCACGUACUCGCAGGAGUUUGCGCAUAAUAACCAGUGCACAAUGCUGGUGAGGUCGUAUGAUGGCGGUUCGUCAUGGUCGGCGCCGCACUGUCUGCAUGGGGCGGAGGAUCAGCGCAGAGAUGGUAUGAAUGGUAUCGCAAGGACGUGGGAUCAGGCGAGGAAUUGUGAGGCCUUGGUUAUGGUGUUCGAGACGACCACUUAUGGGACGUUCGAUGUUGAGGCGCUGGUCAGUUAUGAUGAUGGCGAGACGUGGGGUGGCAGGCAGCAGGUGUACGUGCCCCCGCAAGGACAUAAUGCGGGGGCCCCGCAGAUUGCCAGUCUGGGUGAUGGGUCUUUGGCUGUUAUCUUCAUGUGCGAUGAGGAUUUCGGUGAGGUCAAUUGGACUAGAAAUGCUUGCGUUAAGGUCGUCUUUGGGUCGAUGCCACAUGAGGGAAGGAUUAUGUGGACGAGGCCGACGACGGUAUGUGCGGACUCGAGUCAUUGGCCGGGUAUCUUCACCCUCGAUGAUAGACGGCUGUUGGCGUUGUAUGAGUGUGGAGGACCCAAGGCGAAGACGAUUGCGUUGGAGUGGUAGUGACUUCGAUAUACCUGAUGAACGUCGAUAUGCAUAUAGGAUAAUUUCAGCAUGAUUAAUCGAAAUCCCGUG